AUGAAUUAAGAAGAGAAAAAAAAUGAAAAUAAAGAACCAGAAGUGAAGGAUAACGUCGAGGAUUUUGGCAUUAAGGUGUUAUCUGCAGAGGAAUAGAAAAAGAUUAUGUUACAAAUAAGUUAAGAAGAAUCAUUCAAUCUAAAAAAUAUCGAAUAAAGAGAAGAUGAUGCUGUUUUUAUAGAAGAUGAACCAGAAAAGGCUUUGGCAAAACUUUUAGCACUUAAUUAAUUAAAUUUUUAAGAAAGACAAGCUUAUGCUAAACAUUUGGCAGAACUCAUAAUAUUGAUAGGAAAUGAAGCAUAAUAAUAAUUGACUUAAAUUAUAAACCAACUAAUUAACGAUAGUGAUGAAAUGAAGAAAAUCUUGAUUCAUUAACUUGAUUUAUUGUUUGAUUAGAUAGACGUAUCAAAGAUUAAACAACAUAUAUUGCCAGCAUUGAUGUAAUUAAUAAAAUAUCAUAAUUUUGACAUUUAAUCCGAUGUUCAAAAAUAGUUAUCUAGAGUGAUUUAGAAACUCUCUAAAGAAGAAAUAAAAGAUUUGAUUCUAAAUGAUUUAGUUCUUAUGAUUCAUGAUGAAUCCAAUGAAGAAAAUAAAAUGAUAGCUUUACAAUUUUUUGGCUCUUAUGCUCAAAUUGCCGAUUAAUAAUCUUUAGAGUCUUUCAUUUCAACUGAAAUAAUAAAUGCAGGUGAGGAUAUAAGCGUUAGAGUAAGAAAGGAAUCAAUUUAAUAAUUACCAUCUAUUGCAAAAUCAGUAAGACCUGAGUUUUUUGUGUCCAAAAUACUUCCUUAUUAUCUUUAGUACAUCUACCAUUAAAUUAUCUUAAUAGAAAAUCUGAAGAUAAGUCAUCAUGGCAUAUACGCAAAGCCUGUGUAGAAAUAAUUGUGA